AUGGCUGAAAAAACGCAUACGUCAAGAAUAUCGUCCUACAAAAAUGCAGGACAUGGUACAAAUGAAUUACGGCGUAAAAGAGUAGAGCUGAGUGUUUCACUCAGAAAACAAGCUCGUGAUGAGCAACUUUUGAAGCGCAGAGCUCUUUCUCCGGAUGAAAAUGAUGAGGUACAAAAAGAAACUGAAACACCAAGACCAGAGGAAAUUGUGCAGGGUCUCAAAUCCAACAAUCUGGCAGUCAAAACAGUUUCAGCUCGUGCUGCGCGACGCAUGUUGUCUCAAGAAAAGAACCCGCCCAUUACUCUUAUGGUGGACGCUGGAGUUAUCAAGCCCCUAGUGGAAGCCUUAGACAGAGAUGAUUGCCAAGAUUUACAGUUUGAGGCAGCAUGGGCAAUUACCAACAUUGCAUCCGGUACUCAUGAACACACCAUGGCUGUUAUUAAUGGUGGAGCAAUCCCGAAGUUAGUGUCGCUCCUCGCCCGAGGCGGUAUAGUGGGCGAGCAGAGCGCGUGGGCGCUGGGCAACAUCGCAGGAGAUGGGGCUGCGCCCCGGGACGCUGUGCUGGCAGCUGGAGCCAUGCCCGGGCUGUUGCCACUUAUGACUCCCACUACCCCACCUUCGCAACUUCGGACAGCUGUGUGGACCUACAGCAAUUUCUGCAGAAAUAAAAACCCACUAGUGAAAUUCGAUAUGGUUGCCCCCGCUCUCACUUAUGUAUCUGAACUGCUAUUAUUGGCUGAUCAGGAUGUUCUUGCUGAUGCAUGCUGGGCUUUAUCCUAUCUAACCGAUGGACCCAAUGAACGUAUUGAGGCUGUACAGAACACACCUCACCUCCUGCCUCGACUCACCAAGCUUCUUGAUCACAAGUCACCAGCAGUCAGGACCCCGGCUCUGCGAGCUAUUGGCAACAUGCUCACUGGCGCCGAUGAACAGACUGAUCGUUGCCUUGAUGCAGGAUGCUUAGAUUACCUUGUGAAUCUCAUGCGCUGUGGAAAGUUCUCGUUGAUGAAGGAAGCAUCAUGGGCCGUCAGCAAUAUUCUCGCAGGAACCCAGACGCAAAUCCAGCGUGCUAUAGAUAAGGGCCUGCUUGGACAUUUGCUUCAUGUCUUGGCUUGUGAAGAUAUUAAGUGUCAAAAGGAAGCAGCUUGGGCCAUCACAAACCUGUGCCUUGGUGGUGCUCCAUCACAGCUAGACGCUCUGAUGUCUGUCGGGUUCCUGGAACCUUACUGUGCACUUUUGAGCUCACCGGAUCAGAGGGCUGUUACCGUUGUGCUGGAUGGACUUAACAAUCUUUUGGAGGCCGCAGCAAAAUAUGGACAAGUGGAACCACUCUGCAUUAAGUUGGAGGAGAUUGGUGCCUUAGACCACAUAGAAUCCUUACAGAAUCAUGAAAACGAACAGAUAUACAAAAAAUGUAUUCAUAUCCUCGAUACAUACUUUAUGGAAGAAGAAGACCAAAUUGCACAGCCGCAACAAACUGAGCAAGAGUAUCAGUUUGGAACUGGACCGGACAAUCAGAACAUAAACUUUUAG